GGGGAGGAGGAGGCAUGCAUCACCUUUUGUUUAAGCAGAAGCAUCUUUUUGGAAUGCUAUCCAUUUUAUCGGUUAGGGCUUGGACAGGGAGCAUCCAGCAGAGGCUGGGUAUUGUAAUUAACACAAGUGGAGGCAGGCUGCUGCCUCUGCCCGCCCGCCUGGAGAGGAAGAACCUGUUGAAUUUGCUAGGAGCUAUUGCUGCGAGGACAAGAGCCACAGUUCCUGGGAGUACAGCAGCCACAAGUGGAUGGAGUAGCUGCUUCAGAGCUAUGCUGUGGGGAAAACACAGAGGCCUGGAUAUUGGACACUGGGUGCCCUUUUGGGUUAGAGUCUCCACUUUUGCCUCCUAAACGUGAGGAGGAGGAACACGCAGCUCCCUCACUUUCAGUUGGGUGAGCCAAGRAUGGCUGCGCUCUCUCAGCACCUCAGGAUCCUGCUCUGGAAGAACUGGCUGAGCGUCAAGAGGCAGCUGGUAUGGUCGUUUGUUUUAAUUUCCUGGCCCGUGGUUGUUUUCAUAAUCUUGGCCAUUAUCCGUCUCAAAUUCCCUCCAGAACCACAGCAAAACUGUUAUCUUGCACCCCGAAACCUUCCCAGCGCAGGCUUCUUCCCGUUCCUGCAAACGGUGCUGUGUGAUUCCGAUGCCAGGUGUAAGGGCACACCAUACACACCAGAAGAUCUGCUGCCAAGACUUAAUGAAAUCUCAUCCCUCAGACUCAAGCCCAAGAGCUCAUCCAGUGUAACCAAGGACAAGCAGCCAUCACCAUGGAGUGCAGAGGUUCCUGAAAGCAGAAAUGCUUCACUGGCAUUUGGGGAUUCGGUAUCUCAUGGAGAAAAAAGCCUUCAGAAUAUUUCAUCACCAUCCAACUUGACCUCCAGCAUSAACAUGUUCAACAAGAUCCUCAAUUUUGGGAAGAACCAGACCCAACACUCCACUGCAGAGAAUCUCAGAGUCCUCCUGUGCGAGGUCUUGGCGCGGUAYGUGGCACAUCCCGGUGCCACAGGAGGGAGCAUGGCAGCCAAUAUCCACCACACCUUCUGCUUCACUCACUCAUCACUUCUGGGGUCUUUUGCCCAGGAGUUCAGGAGCCAGCUGUCCCAGGUGCAGCACAACCCACAGUACCAGGAGACAUUUGUCAAUGAAAUGGUCUCGUUUCUGACACUCAUCUCCCAAGUGCAGAAUGACACCUCMCUGUGGCAUCUCCUCUUGCUGGCUCCAGAUGUGUUCCAGGACAACAUGCGGCUGCGAGACAUAAUUGAUUUCCUGCAGCAUCCAAGCAGUGUUGUGCAGGCAGCUCAGGAUGUCUCUGCCUCUCAUGUGAGUGAUGAUAGAUUCAAAACUGCUCAGAAUGGGGCUACAGAUUCUGCACGUUCCCUGAACUGCUUGGAGCAAGGUAAGACACCUCCAUUGAGUCAUAUCUCUGCUGAAAACCUGUGGUGCUGA